GAAUAAACAGAAAGUAAAAGCCGUUGUUCUUGAAGCGUUUUCCAAGAAUCGUCUCCAGCAGCAGCAGGAGAAAUAAUUUGAGGCAUAUUGUUGUUGGAGGGCAAUGUUCUUCUUUUUUCCAUGGAAGUGCCAGAACUUUCAAAAGUCACCCAGCAGCAGUUUCUGAAUCAAUGCCAGAAUGCGAUUUCACCCCUCCUGCCUACAAGGGACCAUCCUUGGAUGAAUGCUUGGAGAUAAGGAAAGCAAAUUUGUUUCCUGGUCUGGUUACCUUUUACAAGAAACCCGUGUUAAUCCACCAAGGACACAAGCAAUGGUUGUUUGACCACACUGGAAAGAGAUACUUGGAUUUCUUUGCUGGGAUUGUCACAGUGUCCCUUGGGCAUGCUCAUGAGGCAACAACUAAAGCAUUGAAGGACCAGGCAGAUGUUUUGUGGCACACCACAAGCAUAUAUCCUCAUCCUCAGAUCCACCAAUAUGCAAAAGAGUUGACAGACCGUAUGCCAGGGAAUCUCAAAGUGUGCAUGUUCUUCAGCAGUGGAACAGAGGCCAAUGACUUGGCAGUGUACCUUUCCAGGAUUCACACAGGGGCCUAUGAUGUUAUAUCGCUCAGAAAUGGGUACCAUGGGGCAGGAGGCACUCCUUGGGGCCUAACAGCCACCUCUGUGUACAGACAUGUGACACCCACUGGAUUUGGGAUCCAUCAUGCCAUGAACCCUGAUGUGUUUCGUGGCCCCUGGGGAGGCCAGAGCUGCAGAGACUCUCCUAGCCAGGCUCAAAGAAGUUGCAGAUGUGCCCCUGGUGAAUGUGCAGCUUCAGACAAGUAUGCAGACCAAUUGAAAGACCUGAUGAUGCACUCUACUCCAAAAAGAAUAGCUGGGUUUUUUGCAGAACCCAUUCAGGGUGUUGGUGGAACUGUUCAAAUGCCUAAAGGUUUUCUGAAGAAAGCAGCUGACCUGGUGAGGGAGAGAGGAGGCCUGGUAAUCACAGAUGAGGUCCAGACUGGAUUUGGUCGCACAGGGACCCAUUUCUGGGGCUUUGAGUCUCAUGGUAUCAUCCCAGACAUUGUAACCAUGGCCAAAGGCAUGGGUAAUGGAUACCCACUAGCAGCAUUGGUGACAACCCCUGAAAUUGCUUCUAGUUUGUCUAAAGCUGUUCACUUCACCACAUUUGGAGGAAGUCCUCUUGCUUGUGCAGUUGGGCGUUCAGUCUUGAAGGCAAUGGAUGCAGAGAAGACCCAGGACAACUGUCACAAAGUUGGCACUUACCUUUUGGAGCAGCUGAUGGGGCUCCAAAGGGAAUUCCCCACUUGGAUUGGGGAUGUCAGAGGCAAGGGCUUGAUGGUGGGAGUUGAGAUGGUCAAUGGUCAGGGGUCAAUAGAGAAAGGCAGUGGAAGAACCUGCUCCAUAGAGCCCAUCCCACCCCAAAUCAUGGCAGACAUCUGGGAGCAUACAAAGGACAUGGGCUUGCUUCUUGGCAAAGGAGGAGUACAUGGCAAUGUCUUCAGGAUCAAACCGCCCAUGUGCGUCACAAAGCAAGACGUGGAUUUUGCCAUAUCUGUAUUUAGGGAAGCCAUCAAAAUGAGUCUUCCAAGGUUGUGAUCAAGAGGCAUCAGAAUCAAAUCUUUUGGUUUCCUUCCAGCAGUUGUACUACUUGUACAUGCAAAUUUGUGAUCAUGUAUAAAGUAUGAAUAAAUUGAGGUGUUGGAAAAUAUUUUGUAUCUGUGUGAACUAUGGGCAUUGGUUUGUUUUAUGAGAAAAGCAGUUGGAAGUGCCCAGAAGCAGCCACAUCAUCUGGGCAUCAAUAUUUUUUUUUUUACAUUUUUGUCUCUUACAGUACUUUGUUAAUGAAGCUUUUUUGAAGUUUGGAAAAAAGGUUGGAAACCUCACUUGCGCUUUGAAUAAUGCAGCAGCUAAAAAUAUGGAGUUUGGUGUCCUAUAGAGCAUUUUUGAAAAAUGUUUGAACUUGCUAGAACAUAUAUGAGCAGAUGAUAGGUAAGAAAUCUGAAAAAAAGCCGCGCGAAAUCAGCUUGCUUCUGAUUAUGAAUUAGAGUUAAUUUAUCAUGAAAUAUUUCUUCACUUCCUGUGAAUGUAAAUAACUUGAUUUCUUCAAAAUACUGG